GGCCUCCGCAGUUCCCGGCUGGCAGCAGCCGGGAAAGUGCUUCCUGGCCUGGGCCGGCGCCGGCCUCCCCUGCAGUCCCAGCCUGGCGCUCCCACCCCGCCCGGCCCAGGACCGCCAUGGCCAAGGCCUACGACCACCUCUUCAAACUGCUGCUGAUCGGGGACUCGGGGGUGGGCAAGACCUGUCUGAUCAUUCGCUUUGCCGAGGACAACUUCAACAGCACGUACAUCUCCACCAUUGGAAUUGAUUUCAAGAUCCGUACUGUGGACAUAGAGGGGAAGAAGAUCAAACUGCAAGUCUGGGACACGGCUGGCCAGGAGCGAUUCAAGACAAUAACUACUGCCUACUACCGUGGAGCCAUGGGCAUCAUCCUGGUCUAUGACAUCACGGACGAGAAAUCCUUUGAGAAUAUUCAGACUUGGAUGAAAAGCAUCAAAGAGAAUGCCUCAGCUGGGGUGGAGCGCCUCCUGCUGGGGAACAAGUGUGACAUGGAAGCCAAGAGAAAGGUGCAGAAAGAGCGGGCAGACAAGCUGGCUCGAGAGCACGGAAUCCGGUUUUUCGAGACAAGCGCCAAAUCUAGCACGAAUGUGGAUGAGGCUUUCAGCUCCCUGGCCCGAGACAUCUUGCACAAGUCCGGAGCCCGGAGACUGGGAGACAGCAACAAGGCCUCCAGUGCUGCCCUGCAGCCCUGCGACAGGAAGAACGCCAGCAAGUGCUCCCUGAGCUGAGGCCCUGUCCGCUGCCCACCUAGCGCUGGAGGCCUAACCGGGAGAGACCGGGCUGAGGGCAGCCGGGAGGCACAGUGGGGACUCUGGAUAGGUAGACAGGUGGUGAGAAGAGAGAAGGUGGAGAAGGAAGGGGGAGAAGAGGCAAGGAAGGCAUGGGCAGGGAGAAGAGGGAAGGGAUAAAGGAUGUGAGAGAGAUGGAGGGGUGAGACCAGACGCAGGGAGGCUGGCAGGCUGGGCAGCCUCAGGCCUCCGGCUGUCCCUGGGUCUUCAGGACAAACCUAAAUGUAAAUCUGUGGGGUUCUGUUACUGACUGGGGUUCAACGGUCCAUCAAGAGACUGGCUAGGUACCACACUUUGAAGACUUGUCAUUUUGCAGGGUCUUUCUCAGUAUUAAAGGCCUCCAUUGGCACUAA